AUGGAGCCAACUUUACAUCCGCCGUCUAAUGACCAUGACGUCGGUUACCUUUGGAGUUAUGAAUAUAUUCCUUUCUACUGGUAUAAACUUCCAUUCGCCACUCUUCCGUUCUUUUCAUCAGGACAAUUUUUACCUUUCCUUCUCUUCAUCUCUUACACGCAGUCAUUAUAUUCUCGUCCUGGAUUUUCCUAUAUCGGUCAAACUCUGUUGCACGCCACUGCUCCGAUGCCGAAAUCUCUGUGUUACCUGGCCUCUCUUCUCUUGCUGGCAGCAGGAAUCUCACCUGCUGCUGCCUCUCCGGAUGACAUAAAUCCAAGUCUAGAGGAUUGGCGCGCAGCAAAUGAGCGAGCCAAAGCUCUACGGACAUGUCCCUUGUCCUGUCAAGACAAUGGCGGCUCAGACAUCGGGUCCGAACUACCAUGGUCCUUAUUCUCAGACAUGUCCAGCGUCGCGAAAUGCAAUGAGACCAUGCUGCUGAGCGUCAACAUCCAAACUUCUGGCGCCGAAGACGAGCAGCUACCCAUCGCCGGAAUCAGGGCAUGCAAGGCAGACUACGGGACCAAGUCGGCGCAGAAACGCGCUGAAGAAAGCGAGACCCCUGCGAUCUGCCCGACACCCAAUAAUGAUAUAGUCGAGGUUUCAGUCAUGGUUGGAAAGCCCGCUGGCCACGUUACCGGCAGUGGUGCCAGCCCAGCUUCGCCGGACGACAUUCUCUCUGCGGGACGCCAGGUUCAGAGUUAUCUUGGCACCAAGGCACCCUCUUGCACGGAGAAUGUUCUGACAUUUGGUUACGCCCGGUCUGCGGCGGUCGGCCUCUUUGCCGGCGCAGAAGUGUACCAGCACGGAGUCCACGCCGGCAUCUUGAGCCGCUUCCUAGACGACGUGGAAAGAGGAAGGCUCUCCUCCGAAGCCAAGAUUGUUCAGAUCUGUGCCGAAAAUGGUCGUGGAGCUGAUUACGCGAUCGGAAUCGUUGCAGCUCCUGCCAAAGACUUCACUCUAGUCCAGGAGGCAGUGCGAACCUGGGCCGAAGGAGGAUGUGUGAAGGGAGAUGUUGAGAACUACAUGACGGUCCGCUUGCGAGUUCCCAGUCAGGCUAAAGGCUCCAACACCACAGAAUCGGUCACCUCUUACCAAAACUCGACUGAAAUGACUCACGCCUGGUCUAGGUCAAGGCUCGUUGCAAGAGGCACUUGCCGGUCCAUUGCGGCAGGCAAAGGCGAAGGUUGCUGGGCCCUUGCCAAGCGAUGUGGCAUCAGUCAGCCAGACUUGACAAAGUACAACCCGAGCAAAAACUUUUGCAACAAAAUCGAUCUCGGCCAGAGAAUAUGCUGCUCGGCUGGCACGCUGCCCGACCUCAUCCCUCCCAGCAGCUCCGACGGUACUUGCAGGACCAUCAGAGUCGUCCACAAGGACCUCUGCAAGUCUCUGGCAGCAAAGUGCGGGCUCCCGGAGGCAGAGUUCAUCAAACUGAACAGCAAGGACGAAAAGUUCUGCAAUAAGUUGAAGAUUGGCCAGCCGGUUUGCUGCACUCGUGGCAAGCUACCCGACAUCACCCCCAAGCCCGGCAAGGACGGGUCCUGCGCUGUCUACACCGUCAAGAAGGAGGAUGGCUGCGAUGCCAUUGCUACCGCUCACGGACUUACCGUGGAAAAGAUUGAAGAGUACAACAAGAAGACCUGGGGCUGGAACGGAUGCGAUCCAAAGUUGCUCUACGUGGACACCAAGAUUUGUAUCAGCAAGGGAACGCCUCCCUUUCCCCAGCCCGUACGCAAUGCCGUGUGCGGUCCGCAGGUGGCUGGAACCAAGAAACCGUCGUCCGGAAGCAGUGAUGACUGGGUCAAGCUGAAUCCCUGCCCUCUGAGCGUUUGCUGCAACAUUUGGGGACAGUGCGGCACGACGGAUGAUUUCUGCCGCGUCUCCAAAUCAAAAACUGGUGCACCAGGCACAUCGGAGCCCGGCAAGAACGGAUGCAUCUCCAACUGUGGGAGGGAGAUUGUCAAGGGCUCGCCGGUGACAAAACCGAUGCGAGUUGCCUACUUUGAGGCCUGGAACGUUAACCGCAAGUGCCUACGCAUGGAUGUCGACCAGAUCGACACAAACAAGUAUACGCACAUUCACUUCUCCUUUGCCGACAUCACCCCCAGCUAUGGCAUUGACGUCAGCAGCUCCCAGAAUCAGUUUAGACGCUUCAAGGAAAUGAGCGGCGUCAAGAAGAUCAUUUCCUUUGGCGGAUGGGACUUUAGCACCAAACCGGGCACGUUUAGGAUCCUUCGCGAAGCGGUCAAAGGUCCGAACAGAGCCACGUUUGUGCGAAACAUCGUUUCCUUCCUCAAGGAGCACAAUUUGGAUGGUGUCGACAUUGAUUGGGAGUAUCCCGGUGCCCCCGACAUUCCCGAUAUCCCUGCCGGAGAGCCUGAUGCUGGCAAGGACUACUAUGAAACUCUGAGCAGCCUCAAGGCGGCUGUCGGCAACGGCAAGUCCGUGUCACUCGCGGCGCCGGCGUCGUACUGGUAUCUCAAGGCCUUUCCUAUCAAGGAGAUGGCAGCCAAGCUCGACUACAUCAUAUACAUGACCUAUGACCUCCAUGGCCAGUGGGACUAUGGAAACAAGUGGACUUCCCCUGGCUGCCCAACAGGAAAUUGUCUCCGCUCCCACGUUAACCUCACCGAGACAAUGGACGCCUUGUCGAUGAUAACGAAAGCGGGCAUGCCUGCCAACAAAGUCGUCGUCGGCGUCAGCAGCUACGGGCGAUCUUUCAAAAUGGCACAGGCUGGAUGCACGGGGCCGGAUUGCCUGUUUACUGGGAGCGCACGCGUGUCCAACGCAGCCAAGGGUCGCUGCACGGACACGGGCGGUUACAUCUCCAACGCGGAGAUUCAGGAGAUCAUCAGGCAAGGCAGGGCGACCAAGCAGUGGCUAGAUGGUUCCGGCUCCAACAUUUUGGUUUACGACAAAACAGAGUGGGUUUCGUACAUGGAUGCCGCCACCAAGAAGUUUCGGGAGGAUGUGUUCGCUGCGUACAAUUUCGCCGGCACCUCUGACUGGGCAGUUGACCUGCAAGAGUUUGUCGACUCUGACGGUGACGAUGACUACGACCCAAAUUACGUCGCCAGCGUCGACCGGAACGCAUUCCCGCCAUGCGACGCCAAGUCCUCGUCGACAGAGGCUACGACGACAGAUUCAGGAUUUAUGAGAAAUACUCCAUCCAGCAGAUACCCUCGCAGAUCAACGCCUUCAUGGGCAACGGGCAUGCUGGGGACUUCUUCAAGUGCGAGGAGACGAGGUACCGCACCUGCUGCUCGAGCUGCAACUUUCCCACUUGCAUGCUGGACUGCGACAAGUCGAAAGACUGCAAGAACGGCGCCGGCACGCAAGAGACGACGUGUCCCACCGUCUUCAAAGACGGGCCGGACGAAGGAGUGGAUCAAGUUUGGCGACAUCGACGUGCAGGUGUCAAACGGGUGUCAGUUCGCCGGUGAAGGUGUCAGGGACUGCCAAAAGAAACAGGAUGACUGGUUCUGGAACUAUCCACUGGCGGCCGACGACAUCAAGCUCCUCAACCCCAAGGACGUGAUUGUCAAGUCGUACGAAAACUCCAAAGACCUGCUGACCCGCCUCAAGGUGAUCAGAGCCAUCGGCAGCCUCGACCCCCUGCUCAACAUGGCAGACGUGGCCGACGCAUCGUCACUUCCGGCAUUGACAAUGGCAUCCGCCGUGGACAGCAUGGAGAAGGUCAUCAAGGCCGCCGACGACAUCAAGAAGAAGGAGAGGGAGGAGAUGAUAUCCCAUUUCAUCGGCGGCAUUCUUUUCUUCAUUCCAUUCGUGGGGGAGGUGGUCGGUCCGAGCAUGGCUGCUGUGCGAACCGCCUUGGCCAUGAUCGAGGUUGCCGGAGAGGCCGGGCUCCUGGCGUACAGCAUUGUGCAGGAUCCCAAACACGCCUACAUGGCCGUGUUCAGCACGCUGGCGGGCGCGGGCCUAAGUCGCGGGUCGUGGUCGAAGGCCGCGGCCGAGAGAAGAAGUUUGAGGGAUGAGGACGUCAUGAAACUGGGGUCGAUCAGAGCCGAUUUGGGCAAGAUUAAUGAUAUCCGUGGUGGGUUUUGCAGACUUUGA